CAGUAUUGGGGUAACUACCUCGAAAGAAACACGUGUUCCUUGCCAGGGUGAAACACCUAUCUGUUCAAUACGGAAUGACGAUAACAGGUGAACUACGCUAGUGUUUACGUUUAGUGCUUCCGUGAACGACACUGUGGAAGCUUCUCACCCUUAGUGAUAGGUGUCACGCGAAGACGAUACAUCUUGGUGACAUUCGAGAGUGUUUGCAAAACAUAGUGUGCUUCGACGGAUGUAUGCGAGUUGAAAAAAAUGCCAAUCGAUCCAAGUCCGGACGUAUUGGUGACUGUUCGGUAGAGUGACUUGGUUUGGUUUUUUUCUUCGGUACCGUGUUACUUCUAAGAAUACCGUCGUGGCUGACAUAGAAGAAUUUCGAAUGCAGCCUUCGGCUACUGCUUCCAUUCCACCUUCUGGUGAGAUGGAUCUCCAAUCCAUGCAGUCCAUGGACUGGCUCUUCAAGAAGGAGAGGAUCUAUCUGCUGGCUCAGUUCUGGCAACAGAGAGCUACGCUAGCAGAAAAAGAAGUAACCACACUGAAAGAACAAAUAUCAAACAAUACAUCGAAUAACUGUGAGAAUUCCGAAGGAAACAACAUGGAUAGACAUAGCUUCGAAAGCGAACUAAUUGCCAAAGAAAAAGAAAUCAACCACCUCCUGGAGGAAGUCCAGCGACAUCAAUUGACGAUAUCGAAACUGCAGGAAUCGUCGAUAGCGCAGAUCACAAGACUUGAAGAACAGCUGGAACUGAAGAGACAACAUAUAGCUAGGUUAGAGAAUAAAUUAGAAUUACAGAAGGACUACGACGACUUGAGAAGAGAGUUGAGUCUGUUCAGACCAGAAUUGGUGAAUAGUAUAGAAACAAAACAGAACUUAGAAAAUUUGGAAAAGACGAAAUGUGAAUCACUGCCAAAAACACCGAGUACCGAGAACGAAGCAUGGCCCUUUCCAGAUUGCCCGGAGAAGGCAUCAACUCCCCUAGUGGCAGAUUCGACAGAAAAGAGCACAGCGUCCACCCCUCAACCACAGGAACACCUGUCCAGACCUCACACAUCACCAUCGCCAAUUCUCAAUGGCAACCCAAAGAGCCCAGAAGAUAACAACAACCACCACGUCAGCAACAAUAACAUCCCUCUUGCCACCAUGUGCGCCGUCAACAACUUCCUCAGAGGAGACGAUCUGAAGAGGAACCCCUACGGUUACGACGACCACAGACCACCCUUCAGGUUCGCUGAAGACCUCGGUAUGGCACCUGGGUCCAUGGUGGGUAGGUUGGGCGAAAGCCUCAUCCCGAAAGGGGACCCCAUGGAGGCCAAGCUGCAGGAGAUGCUGCGGUACAACAUGGACAAAUACGCUUCGCAUAAUCUGGACACCCUCAAUAUUUCCAAGAGGGUGAGGGAGCUUCUGUCUAUUCACAAUAUCGGCCAAAGACUAUUCGCCAAGUACAUCCUGGGGCUGUCACAAGGGACUGUGUCGGAGCUGCUUUCUAAGCCCAAACCUUGGGAUAAACUCACGGAGAAGGGCAGGGACAGCUACAGGAAAAUGCACGCUUGGGCUUGCGAUGACAACGCCAUCAUGACCCUGAAGAGCUUGAUCCCAAAGAAAGACAGUUUUUCUUCAGGAAAGGAAACAGGUAUCCCAAAUUACGGUAGACCCGAAGGCGAUCUUACAGACGAAAGACUUGCUCACAUCUUGAACGAAGCCUCUCAGUACAACCAACAUAUUAAACAGAACCCUGAUGAUAGCCACAGCAACGAUUCCAAAUCACCCCACGGCUGUUCCAGUCCCUACUCCAGGGAUCAUAGCCAGAAUAGGAGAAUGAAAAAAUACGAGAAUGAUGACAUUCCCCAAGAAAAGGUCGUUAGGAUAUAUCAAGAGGAGUUGGUGAAGCUCAUGGGGAGAAGAAUGGAAGACUUACGGAACCCUGCCGGAAAUUUCCCUGGUAUGUUUUUUCCACAAUUCCUUAGCGGCAACCCCAUGGAUAGGACUCAAGAAGAAAUCAGAUUGGCCCUUGAUGCAUAUCAUAGGGAAAUAGCCAAGUUGAAUCAAGGUCAACCCCCACAAAUGCCCUUGGGUCUACUCGCCCUUCAACAACAGGCCUUGGCGCAACACCAUCAAGUACAAUCCAACGGAGGAGUUCAAGAUCUAUCGAUUCCAAAAGACAAAAUGAAGAUGAUGAAUGGGAUGGAUGAAAAGGACAAAGAAGAUGACAGACAUUCCGGUAGUGCGUUUAGUUUAGUGAGACCAAAAAUUGAACCUGGAACUCAAGCGAGCAGCAAUAGCACUGCGAGCAGUCCUCUAGGAAACUCCAUCUUGCCACCAGCGAUGACCUCAAACGAUGAUUUCUCGACAUCUGCUGCUGCUAGUCCUUUGCAACGAAUGGCAUCCAUAACCAAUUCUCUCAUCUCCCAACCACCACAACAGCCACAUCCCGCUACCAACCAAAGACCUUUGAAGGCUGUUCUUCCACCAAUUACCCAACAACAGUUCGAUCUCUACAACAAUCUCAACACCGAAGAAAUUGUCAAAAAAGUCAAAGAACAACUGAGUCAGUAUUCGAUCAGUCAAAGGUUAUUCGGAGAAUCGGUUCUAGGACUGAGUCAAGGUUCAGUGAGUGAUCUACUGGCACGACCCAAACCUUGGCACAUGCUAACACAGAAAGGAAGAGAACCUUUCAUUAGGAUGAAGAUGUUUUUAGAAGACGAGAAUGCAGUCCAUAAACUGGUAGCCAGUCAAUACAAGAUAGCGCCAGAGAAACUGAUGAGAACAGGAGGUUAUGGAGGAGCUUCUUUUCCAGCUUGCACGUCAAUUUCCAAGCCGAUGCCUCCUACCUCGAAAAUGUUGAGCGAGGCUGCUGGGCUUUUGAAUAAAAUGCAGGAAACCCAGAGUCUUCUCCCGCCUAGUUUGCAAUUGGGACCGCAAGUACACACACCUCAGCCGCCACCACCACCGAUGCUAUUAACACCUCCAGGUAUGCCGCCACACCACCCCCUGAAUUUGCCCACACCCGAUCACCUGAAGAAGUCAACGCCGAGUCCACAUGGCAUUCCUCACUCUCCUAUGGGUCAGCAUCAGCCUGCCUUGAGAAACAUGCAUCAACACAUGUCUCCUAGCGUCUACGAGAUGGCAGCCCUCACACAGGAUCUAGACACUCAAGUUAUCACAACUAAAAUCAAAGAAGCUUUACUCGCCAACAAUAUCGGACAGAAGAUCUUUGGUGAAGCUGUCCUGGGUCUCUCUCAAGGCUCGGUUAGCGAACUUCUCUCGAAGCCCAAACCCUGGCACAUGUUGAGCAUUAAGGGACGUGAGCCGUUCAUCAGGAUGCAACUGUGGCUCAACGAUGCCCACAAUGUUGACCGUCUUCAGGCACUUAAAAACGAAAGACGUGAGGCCAACAAAAGGAGAAGGUCUUCGGGAGCUGGAGCUCACGAUAACAGUUCAGACACCUCAUCUAACGACACUUCCGAAUUUUAUCACUCCAAUAGUCCUGGCCCUGGACCACCGUCCAGCAAGAAACAGAGAGUGUUGUUUUCCGAAGAACAAAAAGAGGCUCUGAAGAUCGCCUUCACCCUUGACCCCUACCCAAAUGUACAAACCAUCGAAUUCCUGGCUAGCGAACUGGGAUUGUCGAGUAGGACCAUCACGAAUUGGUUCCACAAUCACAGGAUGCGACUGAAACAGCAACUUCCCCACGGCAUGUCUUCAGAUAUUCCCCCCAGAGAACAAACUGGAAGUCAAGUGCCGUUCGAUCCCAUCCAAUUCAGACUGUUACUAAACCAAAGAUUACUCCAAAUUUCUAAAGAAAGGAUGGGAUUGUCCGGUGUACCUUUGCCUUAUCCCCCUUAUUUAGCGGCCAACACAAAUCUUGCGGCGUUGAUCAGCAGAGGUUUGGACCUGUCUGCACUCAAUCAUGCCGUCAAAGAGCAAAUGAGCGGUUUAGAUCUCUCGAUGACCUCCCUCAAGCGAGAACCGAACGAUUUCGACGAUGACGACGAUGUCGAAAGCAACGUAGGUUCUGAAGACUCGAACAUGUCGGGUAGCAUGCAAGACGAGAGUGUCAAGGUCGAACAGAAAGAGGAGCAUGAAACCCCCAUCUCCCAGAGAGGCGGCAGGUCCUCACGAAGGAAACCGGCUGCUCCUCAGUGGGUGAACCCCGAUUGGCAAGACGAGAAAGUAAAGUCUGGAGAUGAGGUCAUCAUCAACGGCGUUUGUGUUAUGCAGACAGAAGACUAUGGAAGAAGAAACUCAGAAGAGACUGUACAUGUAGAACCUACUCCAGUGAUGGACCGUUUCGAUGACGACCGGAGUGACACCUCCUCCAUAAGUCAAGACAAUAACGAGGGCGAUGACAAACAUCAAUCCAGCCAAGAGAAAGAACAAGAGUGUACGGACGACCCUCAAGAGCAUGAUAAGACGGUUAAGAAAGAAAACGAAGAUGAAAGGUGGGAUUACUAACUGCAACAGUUCUCCUUUUUCAUCAAAGUUAAACAUUAGUGUGUACAAACAAAGUAAGACUACACAGUUAGCUACAAAAUUUGAAUUGUUUUAGAAAAGUGCAAUGAAGCAGAAGUGGCGCAGUCAAUUAAGAUUCUGAGAAUCCCAAUUUUCUACGCUACUAUGUUGUAGACAAGUAUCGAAAAUUUUACCCCCCUUCCCAGUUAUUUAUUGUGAUUUUUAAGUACUAUAUUUACCAAGUUUUGUUACUUUGUAAGUUUCUCUGUUCUUUUUUGUAUUUAUGUAGUAAGUAUAUAAGACUGUUACCAUAUAUUAUUGAUUAUUAUAUUAUUAUGACUGGUCUCGAAAGGUCCAAGUCGUACAGAGCAAAAAUGUUUGAAAUAUUGUGAUAUAUAUGCUUAUAUUGUUUUUAUUAUUUCUUUCGAUGGCAAAAUUUUCGAAAUUAAGAUAUUCGCAAGUCUAUUCAAUUUGCUGAUUUGCAAUUGUCCUGUGAUUGAGAUAUUGGGCAAAUAAUAAGUUGAAUAGAUAUUGAAAAUUUCGUACUAGAGAUCUCCAAAAAUCGUUUUGUUUUUGUAUAUAACAAUCAUCUUUACAUAUGUACAUUUAGGUAAAAUGUUAGGUAUUAAAUCUCGUGUUCAAAAUAUCGAAGAAAAAAGAAAAAUUUUCUCUAGUCUUUCCAUAGGGGCAUCAAUCAAUUUGAAUUUUCACCUGGCCAGUACAGAAAAAACGAAGAAAACUGUUUAUGUAUAUUUUUCAGAUCACAAUCUCAAAGCAUUCACAUUUAGUUUUUAUAAGAAAUUAUCAGUAUUCCACAUCAUAAUUGAAAAACAUCACAUUUUCGUGAAUUAUUAAAAUCAUUUAUUUGAAAAUUUCCAGAUUUUAUUUCCCCUAUGAUAAGCUUUUAUGCCACAAUCUUGUUUUCUGUAGUUUUCAACCUACUGGUUUUAGUGAACAUAGCUUUAAUUUAAAACUGAAGAUGUUUUAUGAAAGAGAAGCAUAUCGUUAUUUGAUAAGUGUAAAAAUGAGUAAGAUCCACCCAGAAUUUAAUAACCAGAAUGUAUAUUCUUGCCAUUGUUUUUGAUUUCGCUCAGUUUUUUAUGAAAUAGAAACGAUAAAAUAUUGUACGAAACGAAGACUAUGAGAAAUUUAGUGCAAUAUUUUGACGUAACAAAAAAUGUAUAUUUUUGGCAAAUUACAGAAAAAAUAUAAUUCUUCCAUAAUCAAUGUAAUAAAACAUUGUGAGAGAAGUUGAAGAGGCAUUAGCUCCAUUAAGAGAGGGCAAAAUAUGUAUAUUGUGCACAUUUUUAAAUAACCACAAGUAAGUAGAGAGUACAAUUAGAAAAUUCUUUGCCGUAGUGAAAGAUAUUCAAUGUUUUUUUCGAUUUUCCGUUGAUUGAAUAAACUUUCUAUGUAUUGGCAAAAUACGUAAAUUUAGUUUAGAUAUUUAAAUAUAUAGAUACAUUGAAAGUUUAUUUAUUUUAUUAUAUUUUAUAAAGAUUAUAGGAAUCAAACGUCUCCAAUGUUUGUUUUAUGAUCUAUUAUACAGACUUUUGUAAUUGUAAAUAUUUAUAUCAUAUCAUUCUCUUUUGAAAUUUCUAAAUUAAAACAUUUCUC